CCCCUCUGGCAAUAAUGAGUCCGAUAAACAGUCUCUGGUUCAAGUGGAAAGGCCUCCGAUUGCCGUGGCGAAGGUCCUUCCUGGCCGGCUCCGAUCUGUCCGGAAAUACCUACUGGGAGUUCAAAGAGACACUCAGUGCUUCGCGAUUACGGCGCAUCGUCAGAUACAAUCCCAAAACCCAUUACGCGGACAUCAAAGUCUCUCCACAAUGGCACCAAUGGCUCCGAUACGUUCGCGCCGAUCCCCCAUCCAUCCAAGAACAACAACAAGACAUCGUGCGCCAAAUUCAAAUGAAGCACCUGGCUCGUUUGGCCGAUGAACGCUGGGCCAGUAAACCAUCCUAUCUCGAUAAACCCCAGACCCAACAACCGGAGCCUGCACUACGCACCAGCGAUCCUACACUACGAGGACCCGAGGAGAACGCGCCGUCCACACAAUCGGAGGGGACAGAAUCGACGACGGAGCAAGUGCGGAGACACGCAGAAGAGAAGAAUCCCUGGGCUAAGGCUAAUGCUGGGAAUCCGAGUGAUUCCUGGCAACCAGAACCAUGGACGCCAACUGCUGCUCGGAAGUGAACAGUACGGAGUCCCACAUUGGAGUUAUCGCAUAUCCUAUGAUUUUUCGGCGUCGAGAUUUGUACAACAUCACGGUGUCCAUGUAUUAUAGUAGUAUUUUUCUUUGUAUAGUACGGGUUUCACGACAGAAUCUAC